AUGCUACCGCACUGCGAGGGCCCUGUUUGGGCCAUCGAUGACCUCUCUCGGUGCUUCCAACGCAAUGUCCUGCAAGUCUCGCUCCCGCUGGCGGCAUGCAGCAUUUCUCUCCUUCUCAUAAUCUCCAGCGUCGCAUACCGUUAUGCUGUCUCCCACAAAGGCGUCGCGUACAAGGUCCUCCCCAACGAUGCGUCCGCAGGCGACAUUCCCAAUGGCCGCGAAAGCGAUUCCGAUCCCAUGCUCUCCCAUGCCGUGCAGAGCGAGAAUGAACAUGUGCAACUUGAGGUGGAUCGCCCGAAGGGAGAAAUCACAAUCGUCACCCUCGAGGUCGCCGCCCUGAUCGGUCAGAUCGCCCUCUAUGUCGUCAUUUUGACCUCUCACGGCUGGGGUCGCCAUGGAACUCUCCCCGCGAUCGCGGGCCUGGUCUCGUGGGGUUAUAUCCUGUUCUUGGUUCUGGUGCGCUUGUUGCUGUCCUCGAUGGAUCUGUUCUCCGCACCAAGAAUCUGGACCCAUACGGCAAUGCUAUACAGCGCCCAAUGGCUCUUCAACGUCAUGGUCUUCCGAUCCGCCGUCAUCCACCCGAUUUCCCGACGCGCCUUGAUCCUCAGCAUUAUUGAGUUCGUCUUGAGCACGCUGCUCUUCAUUGUCGCCCUCACGACCCGUCGAGGCAACAAGCCGGUUUUGGUUCAACGCGAGGAUGGAUUGGAGCCUCCACGCCACCCCAUGGCGAGUCUUCUGUCGCUUGCAACAUUCGCCUGGCUGGACCCGCUGGUUUUGAAGGGAUACCGACAACCGUUGGAACUGGAGGAUGUGUGGAACUUGACUCCAUCUCAAAAGGCCGCUACGGUUAUUGCGGACUUCCGGAAACGAGAGAUGAAGGGCUCUUUGGCAUGGAAGCUUCUACGGUACUUCUUUGGCACCCUUAUGAAGCAGGGUGCUUGGACCAUUUUUGCCAAUAUGUUCGUCUUUGUUCCGAGUCUUCUUCUCAAGGCUAUUCUCGAAUACGUUGAAAACCCCCGCUCGACCACUCCCAAUGCGGCGUGGCUGUACGCCAUUCUCCUGUUUUGCUCGGCUAUUGUGCAAGGUGUUGCAGAUGGCCAGGCUCUUUUCAUUGGCCGCAAGAUGGGUGUCAAGAUCCGCGCGAUCAUUAUUGGAGAAAUAUAUGCCAAGGCCCUCCGACGAAAAGCGGGCGCCUCCAUGGAUGCUGUCCGCAAGGCAGUCGAGGAGCCUUCCGCGCCCAAGGACUCGGCACAAAAGAAAAAGAAAGGUCUCCUCUCCUUCGGCCGUAAGAAGAACGCUAAUUCUAAUGACACCGAGACUGGCGAAAACGCGAAAUCUGACUUGGAAGACGCUGCCGUGCAGGCCAAUGUUGGUACCAUAAUUAACCUGAUGGCGAUUGAUUCCUUCAAGGUCAGCGAAGUUGGUGCUUACCUGCACUUCCUGUGGGCUAGCGUUCCAGUACAAAUUAUCAUGGCUGUCACCCUGCUCUAUAAGAUCAUGGGCUUCAGCUCAUUUGCUGGUAUUGCCCUGAUGGUUUUGAUGUUGCCGAUCAACCUCUUUAUCGCUCGUCAAUUCAACAAGGUGCAGAAUAUGAUUCUUAAGGGCACUGACGCUCGUAUCCACGCGACCAACGAGGUUCUGCAGAACAUUCGCAUCAUCAAGUAUUUCGCGUGGGAGCAGCGUUUCCAGGACAUCGUCAACGAGAAGCGCAAGGCUGAACUGAAGUCUCUGCGCCGCCGUUAUAUCCUUUGGUCGUCUGCCGCUACUGUCUGGUAUGGCACCCCGAUCUUGAUUACAUUCCUGUCGUUCUUCCUGUACACCGUCGUCGAGAAGAAGCAAUUGACCCCAUCGAUUGCCUUCCCGGCAUUGUCGAUGUUCUCUCUGCUCCGUGUGCCAUUGGAUCAAUUGGCGGAUAUGGUUGCCCACGUUCAGGAAUCGAAGGUGUCACUGGACCGUGUGGACAAGUAUCUGAACGAGGAAGAAACUGGAAAGUAUGAUCAACUGCGUGACAGCAGUGCCUCAGAAGGUCCGACCAAGAUUGGAAUUGAAAAGGCCACUUUGACCUGGGGAACCACCAAGUCUAAGCCGCAAGAUUCUUCUUCUGCUGACGGCGCUGAUGCCUUCCGGUUGAUCAACAUUGACGUGGAAUUCCCCAUUGGCCGCCUCAGUAUAAUUGCUGGCCCCACUGGUUCUGGAAAGACCUCAUUGCUUAUGGGCUUGCUUGGUGAAAUGCGGAUUGUCGAAGGUCGCAUCUACCUUCCUGGUGGAAUGUCGAAUCGUUCAGAUCUUCCAGUUGAUCCUGAAACUGGCCUGAUUGAUAGCGUUGCUUACUGCGCCCAGGAGGCUUGGUUGGUUAAUGACACAGUCAAGGAAAACAUUAUCUUUGCCUCCCCGUACGACGAGAAACGUUACCGCGCAGUCCUGAAGGCAUGCGCUUUGGAGCGUGACAUUGAAAUCCUGGAUGCUGGUGACCAAACCCUUGUUGGAGAGAAGGGUAUCAGUCUGUCUGGUGGUCAGAAGCAGAGAAUCUCUCUUGCCCGAGCUGUUUACAGCAGUGCCCGCCACUUGCUUCUCGAUGACUGUCUUUCCGCUGUUGACUCCCACACUGCCAAACACAUCUUCCGUCAAGCUCUGACCGGCCCGCUUAUGAUGAACCGUACUUGCAUUCUGGUUACUCACAAUGUGGCUCUGACUGUGCCCCAGGCCGAUCAUGUCGUUGUCCUCGACAACGGCAGGAUUGCCUCGCAAGGCCGUCCUGAUGAUGUUGCUGCUGCUGGUGCGCUUGGUGAUGAGUUCUUCAAGUCCCGACCUGGAUCCCGAGCAAGUUCACGAGGUCUCUCCCGUGUGCCUUCAGAGCACGAAGAAGACUCCACUGAAUCCGGUGCAAAUGGAACUGCCAAUGGCACAACAGGCAAUGCUAAGAAGGACGAAACCUCCCGCAUGAAGGAAGGCAAAGCCACUGGAAGCAUCAAAAUGUCGACUGUCGCCAUGUACCUGAAGUCAAUGGGUUCUUGGUACUACUGGAUCUUGGCUGUCACUGUUUUCUGCCUGCAACAGCUGGGUUCGGUUUCUACCAAUAUCUGGAUCCGACAGUGGGCCAAUUCCUAUCACACUUCCAGUGCUAGCUCCGAGGAUGCCGGUAGUUAUGCCGCCGCUGCUCACCUGAAGCCCCCGUCCUUUAAUGUGGGAAGUGUUUCUAAGAUGAGCACAUGGGGGCCUCCUCAGCUGAGCACACGCACCUCAGGCACUACUCCUGAUGGGCAGGUCAAUGUCGCUUACUAUCUAGGUGUGUAUGCGCUGCUAGGCUUCUUGUACAUCUCUAUCUCCCUGAGCCGAGAAGCAGUGCUAUUCUGGGGUUCCCUCCACGCAUCCUGGAAGAUCCAUGAUCGUCUUUUGAAGACGGUUAUGCACGCAAAGUUCCGAUUUUUUGACUCGACACCUCUCGGUCAGCUCAUGAACCGAUUCUCCAAGGACGUUGAAUCUGUCGACCAGGAAGUUGCACCCGUGGCAAUCGGUAUGCUCCAUAGCUUGGCAUCUGUGAUCAUGAUUGUGAUUUUGAUCUCGGUUAUCACGCCCGGUUUCCUCAUUGCCGGCGUGUUUAUUACUCUUGUGUACACUGCCCUAGGUGCUAUCUACCUGAAUUCGUCUCGCGAUCUGAAGCGAUUGGAGUCCGUCCAGCGCAGUCCUUUGUACCAGCAAUUCGGCGAGACGCUCAACGGCAUUGUCACAAUUCGGGCUUAUGGCGAUGGCCCUCGAUUCAUUGUCGAUAACCACCGUCGUAUCAACUCCUACAACCGACCCCACAUUUACCUCUGGGCCAGCAACCGCUGGCUUGCUCUUCGUGUGGACUGGACUGGUGCUCUUGUCUCUUUCUUCUCGGCCACCUUCGUCUUGAUCAAUGUUGGAAGCAUCGAUGCUGGUGCUGCCGGUCUGUCUCUUACCUACGCUGUCACCUUUACGGAAAACGUCCUCUGGCUCGUCCGCCUCUACUCAGAAGUUCAGCAAAAUAUGAACUCGGUCGAGCGUGUGCGCGAGUAUCUGGAUGUCGAACAGGAGGCUGCUCCUGUCAUCCCUGAGUCUCGCCCGGCGGCUGGCUGGCCCACUGAAGGUGCCGUUGAGUUCAAGGGCUACACUACCCGAUACCGCCCCGACCUCGACGCCGUGCUGAAGGAAGUGUCUUUUUCGUCAAGCCCGAGUUCUCUGGCACUGGCUCUCUUCCGUGGCUUGGAAGCCGAGAAGGGUAAGAUCAUGAUUGAUGGCAUUGACAUCGGUUCUAUUGGCCUGCGGGAUCUCCGCGAGGCGAUCACCAUUGUACCCCAAGACCCGACUCUGUUCACUGGCACUAUCCGCAGCAACCUUGACCCAUUCGGCCUCUUCAGCGAUGAGGAGAUCUUCACUGCCCUCCGCCGUGUGCACCUGAUCGGCUCUGAUGCUUCCGGCACCGCAACACCCAUGACCUCGAGCACCUUUACAGCCACCGAAGCCAACGGCAUGAACGGUAGCACUGCCACCAUCGCCGAUAACAAGAACGUCUUCCAUAAUCUCGACAGCCUGGUCUCGGAAUCCGGUUCGAACUUGUCUCAGGGCCAGCGACAGCUCCUGUGUCUCGCGCGCGCUCUCCUCAAGAAGCCCCGUGUCUUGAUGAUGGACGAAGCCACCGCUUCCAUCGACUACGCCACCGACGCUAAGAUCCAAGAGACCCUGCGUGAGCUGCGCGACAGCACCAUCAUCACUAUUGCGCACCGCCUGCAGACCAUCAUCGACUACGACAAGGUCCUGGUUCUCGACCACGGCCGCGUUAUCGAGUUCGAUCACCCCUGGGGUCUGAUCAACCGCGAUGAGGGCCUGUUCCGGAGCAUGUGCGAGAACAGCGGAAACAUGGACGUCCUGCUGGAUGGAGCCAAGCGCGCCUGGACCCAGAAGCGUCUUGUCGACGAUUCCUAA